UAUUUCCAUCCUAGCAUCAUGGUACACUGAACAAGGGAAUUAUGAGAGCCCACUGGUGGUGAUAAUCGAUGAUGUGCAAAGAUGCUGUGGAUCUGUCUUGUCUGAUUUUAUCAUUAUGUUGAGGGAAUGGGUAAUUAAGAUUCCAAUAAUCUUAAUAGUUGGAGUUGCAACCCUUGAUGCUCUGAGAAACACACUAGCUUCAAAUGCUCUCCAGUGCCUGUUUCCUCGUGGGUUCACAUUGGGAACACCAGCUGAAAGGAUGGAUGCAAUUGUUGAGGCUGUUCUUCUAAAACAUUAUCAUGGAUUCAGUAUUGGGAAGCAGGUGACAACCUUCUUGAGAAGUUUCUUCUUAAGACAUGAUGGAACGUUGACCUCUUUCAUUAGAGCUCUGAAGAUUGUUAUGGUUCAACACCUUUUAGUAGAACCUGUAAGCUUUGCACUUGUGGGGUUAAUUAACGAAGAAGACACCAAGAGUUUUGGUGGUGAGAAUACUUUACUCAGAGAAACUAUGGUCAAGCGGUGUCUUGAUCUUCCAUCAUACCAGAGGUCAAGUCGGUCUAACAGAAAUGGUGACAUCUGGGACUGUGGUUUGUCAGAGCUGAAGAGAUUCCGCAAGCUAUGGGUCUGUAUGGCCAUGUGUCUGUAUGAAGUUGGAAAGAAUUACAAAAUCACCCUGCUAGACUUGUACUGUGACAUGCUUGAACCUGAGCUUCUCAACUCCGGGACUCCUUGUCAUUUUGAAUUGGAAAAGGAUGAUCACUCUUUGUUUGGAGGCUUGCAAAAGGGAGGUUUUGUCAAUCAGAUCAUUCAGAUAGUUAGGGGUUUGCCAGCCGUGGAAUUAUGUGAGUUGCUUAAGAGUUGGGAAACACUUACAAGAAGCAUCACUAAGUUAAACGAGAAAGUAAAGGAGCUGCAGUCUCUGACAACAUUUGAUGAGAAUCGUCCAAGACGGGACUUGACAGAGACAUCCAAGUAUUUCUCUUUGCUGCUUCAUCUAUAAUUGAAUGAUAUGUAAUUUUCAUAUCUGCUUUUAUGUGGUCCUUGUUAUGCAGAUAUCUUCUGCUAGUUAAAUAUUAGCUCUCAACAUAUUAGUUUGGGCCUCUUGACACUAUCUAGUUUUAAAAUGGAUGAAAUGAGGUGAGUACCCGGUUGUAAAUUACUGGCUCAGGCCUUGGGUUUGCUCCUCAAUGGUCACCAGUUUGAGUCCUUUCAGGGCCACUGAGGUGAGUACCCGGCUAUAAAAUUCAGGGUCUCAUGAAAUUAUCGAGGUGCACGUAAACCGGCACGGACACCCAUGGUCAUUAAAAAGAGGAAAAAAAAGAAAAGAAAAAGACAACUGGUUUGAUAGCUAGCUAGAGAGGCCCAUUUUCAAGUCCGACUUGACCCUCUGCCUUGCAUUUGUGUUCGUGCCCCCACAUUAUUGGCCAUGUCAGUGCAUUACUAUCCCCUGUUGAGCAUCAUUCCUUGGUCAACACGUUGUGGGGAUGUUGAGUAACUUGUCCAGUGCUGGCUAAAUGUUGCGGCCCAACCUAAUGUAUGAAAGAGAGCCUAGACAUCCUUUCCACCUAAUGCCAUGUGGUUAGAAAUUAAGAUGGCUGCUAGUCCUUUGGGUUAAUUUUAGUCAUGUAUAUUCAUUGGUCAUAGCCUCAUAGCACAAGUAUAACUAUUGACAUAUAAACUUGUUAUAUGGCUCAUCACGCGAUUUGAGCCUUAACAUAAAUGUCAUGUGCUGUUUGUGAAAAAACUAGAGGUGUUACUGUUGUUGAAUUCUUAUUUAGAGGGUGUUUGAUAUCCAUUUUCAUGUAAAAAAUGUGUUUUAGAUUA